AAUGGUGAUGAGAUCCAAUCUGCCUUGUCUAGCAUCUCUGGUGUUACUACGGUUCCGCAAGUCUUUAUACGUGGCGAUGGAACUGGUACUCUUCAACUUCACAAGGAAGGAAAACUUGUCGAACAAAUUAAUAGUCUUAAAUAUGACUACGAUUUAGUUGUUGUUGGAGGAGGUUCUGGCGGUCUUGCUGCAUCCAAGGAAGCUUCUAAACUCGGCGCCAAAGUUGCUGUACUUGAUUUUGUCAAGCCUACUCCUCGGGGUACUUCUUGGGGUCUUGGUGGCACUUGCGUUAAUGUUGGAUGCAUUCCUAAAAAGUUAAUGCACCAGGCUGCGCUUCUGGGUAUGUAA